GUGCACUCCAUGCGCGCCCCCGCUGAUCUCCUUCUUCUUUCUUCCCCCCUCCCUGUGUGAUCUUGUUUUGGGUUCUGCUCUCUUCCCCGCACUGUGCUCUGCGAGCGCGCCCUGACUCAUCCUCCCCUGCUCUGUCCCUCUCUGCAUUACUCUCACCGGCCCUCUGUCUCACACACACCCUGCCUGCUCUCCAUUUAUUAUAGCCGCUCUGUGCUUUCAUUUACAAUGGCAGAAGGACAAAAAGAUAGAUAUUUUUAUUUAUAUAUUCCCCUAUUUAAUUUGCCUUAAUUUCUCCAUUUAUUUAUUUUUAUUAUUAUUUGUUUUCUCUUCUAUGACCUGAUUUUUCAUGCUCAUGCUUUUAUCCCAUUUUGUCCAGUGGAUAAUCCCAGCCUGUCAUUCUCUCCUUUGUGGAUUUUCUCAAUCACCGUUCUUGCUGGUAGCAGGUUGGAUGCUUAUUCUUCUUAAUGUUCUCAGAGUUUCAAUUCCGGCUUGAGAAUUUUGUGGUUUUGGGGGUUCCUGUCUCUCCGUUUCCCUUUUUCUUUUCUUUUUUUUUUUUCUUUUUUAGUUUAGUAUGCUUCAAUAAGAGUAAACAACCCAUUUUAUUAUAUUUUAUCUUCAUUCCUUUUUUUUUCCAUGUCUGUUUUCUUGGAAAAGAAGAUAUUUGGUCUUUCAAGGAAUUUCUGAUAAGUAAAAUGUUGUUGUUUUAUAGAUUGAUAUUGAAUACGGGUGUACUUCCACUUUUAGCUGUGUCUCCUGACUGUGUGGCUUAUGUCUCCAUAGAUACAUCAUUCAUUUAUAUGUGCAGGGAUAGAUUUUUUUUUAUUUAAAAAUUUUACUUUGCUCUGUUAGUUACAGUUUUGUGUUCAAUUUCUUCUAUUGUUUCCUGUAAAUUCAUGUGUUUUUGCACAUUGGUGGACAUUCGUAUUUGCUAGCAGUGUAUUUUCUUUGUAGGAACACAAAGUUGCUUUUUUCAGCAAAGGAUAGCUGGUUUCAAUUUUUUUUUUUUUAACUUUCGUGGUAAACAGGAUUUUUUAUAGGAACAAACAGGCUUAAUAUAUAUUGUCAAGUUAUAUUUGCAUUUUCUUUUUUGGUACCCAUCUAUUUUUACUUUUUUUUUAUACAACAUUUUGUUUUCGAUUCAUUUAAAUGGCAUUACCGAAAUUGACGCUGAAUAUCCUGUUACAGUAAACUGGAAUACAUUAAUUUCUAUCUUUGCUGGGAUAUUACUUGGAAUUUGGGACGGCGUCCGUUCAGAACGACGAGUUGGCACCAAUGCCUCCCAAAAUGGCAUCCGUACGGUUUACAGUGACCCCUACGAAGAUGGACGAUCUAGGGGGAAUCUCAGACACAAGCCCUGAUCUUAGCUCCUCCUCUCGCGUCCGAUUUAGUUCCCGUGAGAGUGUGCGUGAUGCGAGUCGCAGUGAAGCUUACAGUGACAGCUCAUUGGCAACCACUGCUGUGGAACCGACUAGUGAAAGGACCACCAACCCAAUGGACAGUGGAGAAGGUAAUGCUUCAAUUCAGGUUGGCUAUUUGUUUCAUAAAACUAAGGACCUAUAUAAAUAUAUGGUCUAAUUCAGGGUCUUCAGAGUAAACAAACAAGUCUGUUGAAGAUGUUGGCACUCAUAUAUUGAAAUGAGCAUUAAACACACUUCUUGAAACUUUGAAGAUAGCAGCGCUCCAUGUAAUACCAGUAUGUUAAGCAAUUAUUUAGUAUGCAUAGAGAACCGAUUUACAUAGCGAGCUGCUACCUUAACCUUAUUUAUUAAACUGAGAAAUGACCAUGGGAUUUCAAUAGCCGAAUUGGAAAAUAUCGCCAACAUAUAAAUUUUUCCAGCACAGCUAUUUUGGUCUGAGAAUUUAAAUUAUCUGGUUAAUUCCUGCCAAGUCAUAGUUUAAUGAAUAAUCCUGUGUAGUUAAAUGUUUGUAGAAUUUGAACGGGCAUAUUUAGUAUUUAUAGCAAUCCUGUUGUGAAGGAGGUCUCAAUAAAUACGUUCAUCAGUGUUUGGGAUUUAUAUAUAAAAUAACAUAGGAACUAAAUGUACUAAAUGAAAAAGAACACAAAUCGUGUGAUUGCGAAGGUCAUCUUCUGCUAGGCCUACACUUUAAUGUAUACAUUGGGUGAGAUUUAUCAAAGUGUUAUGUUCUGAAAAAUGGGGCAGUCACCCUGGAAACCAGAGGAACCAAGAGAUAGAUUUUGUUGGUUACUACUCUGUAACAUUCUGUCACCCCUCACAAAUUUGAACAUUUAAUAAAGAUAAAAUAUUUAUUAAAUGCUCAUAAAUACUGUGUUGGUGUUUAAUUGAAAUUCCAAUUUAAACAAAAGAUAUCAUAAGACCAAGUAGGGACUACUACUUUUUUUUUAUUUUUAUGGUAAGUACCUAAAUUGCCAAAACUUAACCAUUGUCAAGUUUUGUUUCUUCCCCAGCUGUCGCAGCUGACAGCUGGGGGAAUAAGGUGUUAUCUUGUUCAUCACAAAAUAUUAUUUAUGGAGGCUCCUGCGAUCUUGUUGGAUCUUUCAUAGACCUCAUUGUUGUACUUUCGCAGAUUUUGCGCUAGGAGUUGAAGAUCCAUGAAGUCUGUGCACAUGGGGUACAGCAUUAUAUAAGUAUAAUUCACCUCCAGUACCCCUGGGCCAUCACACACCAAGUGGUGAUGUCACCAUCGAGGGUCACUCACAAAGUGACAGGGCUGCUUUAAGAGCAGGAUACAUUGAUAAAUUUCCCCCAUUAUAUUAUCAAAAUCCACGAUUGGAGUAUAGCUCAAAUCUUACACCUACAAGACGAUCACGUAUUUCUCCUUGACAGAGAUAAGAAAACAUUUAAUAUUAUUAAAUUGCUAGCAACAGGUGCACAGUAUGAGUUGUGAGAUGUUGUUGCAUCACUUUGUGGUAGGUUGACUGUGCAUUCAGAUAUUAUAUUUGUAGUCCAAGCAGUAUGCUAAUGACACAGCAUGCAAGAAAAUAAUUAAAGCCAAGUAAAUAAUUAUACUUUCUCCAUGUGCUAGUUAUAUUGAUAGGUCAAUGUAUAGGUGAAAUAUUGUUCCCUGUAAAAUGCUACAAACCCACUUGUUAGUAAAUAAACCCAUUUGGCGUUAUUUACUAAACAUGGAACCGUUAACUUUGGACCAAAAGAGAUAAGCUGAUAAAAUAGCCAUGUUGCAAAAUAUUAGCAAUUUGUCUGUUUUAGCUAAAAUUUUAAAGUUCCUUUUCUCUAACUCACUGCUUAGUGAGUAAGCCUUAUUUCCUUAACAAUUAAUAGUUUUAAGUCACUAUGGUUUCCUGGCUCUAGGGAAUUAAGUCUUCCUGGAAGGUGUUUGUUAUGCUUUGGCUUAUUCUUUGAGAGCCGGGUUCUCAGAGGAACUCUAUCGACUGGAAAGAAGACAUACUAUAAACGGUAUUUGUUUGAGAAUUGUUGGAAUCUAGGUACAGAGUUUUUGUUGAACACACUGCAAAUCUUGGUUUAGGAAAAUAAUUUAAAUGUACUCAUUCUAAAGCAAUCUAUUUGCUGCAGUCCAGUGUUUUGCAGAACUCUAGCAAAGCAAACAGUUAUCAAUGCGUCCCAGAGAUCUUUUACGAGCAGAUUAUAGCAAAGUUUUUUGUUUUGUUUUUUUUAAUUAUGUGCACCCAUGUAGAUAACAAUGGGUUAAAGUGUACUUAUAUUUUCACAAGCUGUUUUGGCUGUAAGUGGCUUCUUAUCACCCAGAAAACUCCCCACCCAGUCCAAUGUUUUACUGACACUUGGUCCACUAGUUUCUACGGUAGUGUACAGCUCUUCAGUAUUCUUGGACAGAUGUUUGGAACUGACAUUUCUGUGUAUGUUAGAUAUAAAGUCAGGACUCUUGUGUAUAUUAUCUGCUAAAGGCCACAUAACUAUUGGAAAGCAGUCUAACACUAUCUGAGCCUGUCCUGAUAAUCUGCAUUCAAAAGGUCACAUCACAUUAGAUAGGAACCCAGCAAUGUCUGAGCCUGUUCCGAUAACCUACAUUCAGAAGGUCACACCACAUUAGAUUGGAACCCCACCUGUCUCAGCAAAUCUUGGUCCACUAGAGGGGGACAUAUUGCCCCAUCAAUUUAGAAACCCAGCAUUCCAGAAGACUGCCCUGAUAAUAUAUAGUCCAGAGGACUCAUGACAUUAUAAAUUGGCAAAGAAACCAAGCACCGUCGGAACCUGACCCUAAUGAUUUACAGUCAAGAAGUCAAACAUCAUGUUCUGUCAGAUAUGCAGAUCAUAUUAGAUGGUUGCAAGGACGGUGCAAGGAUUUUUGCUGCCCUAGGCAAACAUAAAUUUGCUGCUCUGCCCACCAUGUGACAUCACAAUGCCCCACCCAUAUGAGCAAUGUGAAAAAGCAAUGUGUUUACAUUAAAAAGCCUGCAGGGACAGGCUAUAGCCACCAGAACCACUACAUUAAGCUGCAGUGGUUCUGGUGACUAUAGUGUCCCAUUAAUGUGAGGUAAAUUCGAGAUUAGUGCCACUUAUAAUAUACUGGAUUGCCUACUUACCACCAGAUGAGGACAAGAGGAUGAUGAUGAUGGGCUCAGGUUGCAGUCUGGUGUUAAAACAGGCUUUCUGGAGGCAGUGCUCACAAAAAUGAACAAACCAGAAGCAGCUCCAUUUUUGGGGGCUCCUUACACAGAUCACGGUCUGGGCUCCCAGGGCCUGACCGUGGGUAUGCCUAAAAGGCCCACCCUUGAGCGUUAUGCCUACAAGGCCCACCCAUGAGUUCACUCACAGGGAGUGGAGUGUGUGUGUGUAGGGGAUGUUUAAAGGACCACUAUAGUGCCAGGAAAACAUACUCGUUUUCCUGGCACUAUAGUGCCCUGAGGGUGCCCCCACCCUCAGGGUCUCCCUCCUGCCGGGCUCUGGGGGAGGAAGGGGUUAAACUUUUUCCAGUGCCGGGCGGGGAGCUCUCCUCCUCCUCCCUCUUCUCCUCCUCUUCGGCUGAAUGCGCAUGCGCGGCAGGAGCCGCGCGCAUUCAGCCAGUCCAUAGGAAAGCACGCUGGCGUCUUCUCACUGUGAUUUUCACAGUUAGAAACACGGAAGCCCUCUAGCGGCUGUCAAUGAGACAGCCACUAGAGGCUGGAUUAACCCUAACAUAAACAUAGCAGUUUCUCUGAAACUGCUAUGUUUAUAGAAAAAUGGUUAACCCUAGAUGGACCAGGCACCCAGACCACUUCAUUAAGCUGAAGUGGUCUGAGUGCCUAUAGUGGUCCUUUAAUGUGUGUUCUUAUGGAAUGUAGUGUAUAGGGAUGCCAGUUUGUGUAAGGGAUGUAGUGCGUGUGUAAGGAAUGCAUUGUGUGAAUCUGUUUAUGUAAUGCAGUGUGUGUGUGUGUCUGUAAGAUAUGCAUUAAGAGAAGCAGUGUGUGUGUGUGUGUGUGUGUAAGGGAUGCAUUGUGUGCUUCUGUUUAUGUGUGCAAGGGAUGCAUUGUGUGUGUAUUUGUGAGGAAUGCACACUGUGUGUGUGUAAGGGAUGCAUUGAUGUAUUUGUGUGAGUGUAGGAUGCAUUGUAUGUUUCUGUUUGUGUGUGAGUAGGGAUGUGUGUGUGUGUGUAGGGAUGCAUUGUGUGUUUCUGUGUAUGUGUGUAGUGUGAAUGAGAGGAUUUGGGGGGCUAGGAUAGGGGCUGAGAGGGGAGCAGCGCUUUAUUUUUAUUAUUAUAUUUAUUUUAGUUAAUAUAAUUUUUUUGAAUAUUUUUUUCUUUAAGUUUUGUGUCAUACACCCCCCUUUAGUGUAUCUCUUACAAGCCCCUUGUGUGUCUCUUAUCCCCCCUACCUCUUUCUAUGUCUCCUAUAUUCUCUCAACCUCUUUACUUGUCUUACUCCCUCAAGCCUUUUUGUGUCUUACUCUUCCCAGCUCCUUGGUGUGUCUCUUUUCCCCCCAGGCCUCUCUGUGUGUCUCCUUCACAAGCGACUUUAUGUGUCUCUCUCCUGAGCCACUCUGUGUGUCUCUUUCUCCCCUACCAGCUCUUCUGUGCUUCUCUUUCACCCCAUUCCCUCUCCCAUCUGUCCUUUAGUGGCCUUUCCCCUCCCCUCCCCCCAUGUCCCUUAGUGCCGUCUCCCUUCCCUGUUGUGCCUCCUACCUCUUUGUAGCGUGGCCAGGCUGCGCGGACCGCUGUACAGGAGCUUCUGUUUCCUGUACCUGGUCGCACUGACAGGAAGUGCUCACUGAGAGCACUUCCAUUCAGUCCGGCUAGGUACCGGAAACAGAAGCUCCUGUACCGCUGUCCGCACCGCCCGGCCACGCUACACUGAGUGACUAGCAGGAGGGAGCACUGUGCGUUUCCCUCCUGCCGGGUCACUCGAAUCUUGCGCCCCCUGCAGGUUGCUGAUAGGACGGUUGGUUGAAUACAAACCCAGCGUUUUCUCAGCACGUCCUAAUAAGCUGGAGCCGUGAGGACAUAUUCCAUUAGAUAGAAACCCAGCAGUGCCUCAGCAUGUCCUCAUAAGCUAUAUUCAGAAAGUUUGACUGGAACGUGUCUUGAAGAAUAAGCAAUCCAGAUAAGAAUAAAUCUAAUUGUAUCACCACAUCACUCCAGAAGGUCUGCACUCACAUCCAUGUAAUAUCCAUAGGGCAAAUCAUAAAUGGUUAAUUAUCUACAAAAGUAUAACAUGACAUCAAAAUAGCAGGCAAAUCUCUUAAAUUAUUAUUAUUAUUAUUUAUAAAGCGUCAACAAAUUCUGUAGCGCUGUACAAUGGGUGGACUAACAGACACGUAUUUGUAACCAGGUGAGGUGGACACACAGGAACAGAGGGAUUGAGGGCCCUGCAAAUAACAGGGUAUCCAAAAUACAGAGCAAGUCGUAAACAUACCACAGAAAAAUAAUCACCAGUCCAAAAAAUAGAACCCUGUGCCUGCAGGAAGGGGGUAAAAAUAAUAUAAUAAAGAUAGGUGAAACACCUAAGAGGGCCCUAUACGCGUUUCACGUCUAUCGACAGCGUUUUCACAAAAAAUGGUUUGACUGCUUGCAAUGUUGGGGCAGCAGGGCACUUCUGGCACCAUAAACAUUAAUGUAGUGGUGAUGGUGAUUGUAAUGUUCCUUCAAGAGAGGAUUUUAUCCUUAUUUGAGACAGGGAAUUUUUCCAAAUUAGGUAUGCUAGCCUCAGUUAUGCCUUUUACAUUGAACUCUCUGAGAUUUGGAUUUUAGAGAAUAAUCCUAUGUAUUUACAAACAAAUCCUAGGUUGCCUGAACAUGUCCUAAUAAACAAAUCAACAGAACACUUCAUGUUAUAUAGGAAUACAGCAUUGGCUGUACUAAUUUGCAUCCAGGAGGACACCUUAAACUCUUAGAGGGAGAUUAUAUUCACCAAAACUGCAACUUUUACAUUGCAUGGUUAAAUAUACCUCUAGUGGUGUUUAUACUGACAGCUAUUGCUGGCAGGUGGGGGCCCUUCGUAAUAAAGGGGGUGAACCUAUUGCCACUCUCCCCAGGCCCCACCUAUUGCCGACGGGUGGGGGCCCUAACAAAUAAAAUAAUAAAGACCCAAUUGUAAAAAAAAAAAAACACAUAGCACCCAUCACUCACACACAGCAUAAUACUCUUUCCUGGCAUUUUUGUCUCCUGGUAUCCCAUCUAUGGAGAGAAAUUUCAAGCAAACACAGUGCAAGUAUAUUAAGUUUGCUUGCGCUGUGCAGAACAAAUACAGGGGCUCUGCGCAUGGUCUGCCCUGGAAGAGCAUUGAACUAACAUGCUCACUUUGUAAUGGGGCGUGCUCGUCAUUGGUGAUGACAAAACACACCCUAUCUGGCCCCGCCUCCUUUUUUAAAGGGCCGCUGUAAUUAAAAAAAUGCCUGGGCCGAAUUUUCUUCCCAGUCCGGCCCUGCACACAUAGUAUGCUUUUCAGGGCGUGGAAAGACUUAUAAAGUCUUCCCACGUCGAACAAUUUGACUCAGAGCGCUCUGAUUGGUUGGCUUAACGGGGAGUUUAGGAGGUGGCAAGGGGCACAGCUCCCUGCUGCUUCUAUUUUUACAUAUUACAAUGAAGGAGCUAUGAGCCGGUAGCAUAGCGAAUUACAAUUCGGUCUUUGUUUUUUGUAAUUUCUAUUCGUUCAUUUACAUUUCUAAUGUAUGAACGAAUUGCCGAAAUUCCCAUUCGAUCUUCGUACAAUAGCGAAUACCCAAGUCUGUAACUGGGCAUGCGCAGGAAUUUCACAGCACUGUCUAGUGUGGGCAGAUGAUCUGUCCCACAGGGCCUUCAUCUGCCAACACUAAGAUGGCGGCUCCUAGGAAGUAGAUAUGGACAAGAAAUAAAUAGGUAAAAAAGAGUGAAAAAAAAUAUAUGCUUUUAAUUAUGCAUUUUUUCACUUGUGGUACAUGGAAAACAGUUUGUAAAAGCUGCAUAUCUCUUGUCUGCAGCUCAAUGAGAAGUCCUUCUAAGGCUGGUGCUCUGGACAAUUACUGCCUCUUAGGAAGUAACAAGGCUGGUUUUCUGAUGGACAGCCAACAAGGUUCAUUUUAAAAGUGGCAAUUUCUAUUGUAAUCUGCACUUUUAAAUAAUGAAAAAAGAGGACAUACUUCACACAUGCUAAAAUGCUUUAGGUGUAUAUAGGGUUCCUUUUUAUACCUUAAACAACUUUAAGUAUGAGUAAAAUAUUAAAAAUUAGGAAAACAAAUACCACAAUUGUUUACAGUUUUGCUUGUAGUAAUUUUUCCACUUUGUAACUAAUGAAAAGUAAAUCAAAAUAGAUUCAGUUGCAGCCCUAAAUGUUAAAUGAUUCAUACAGAAUGUCUAGGAUGUCAAUUAAUCUUUGGUAGUUAACAAUGAUGAAUAUAUCAGAACAAAUGAGGUACAGUUGUAUACAUAAAAUAUUUUAAAUAAACAGCACACUGUAUUAUGGUGUACUAAUAGAUUCCUGUAAAGAUUGCACUUACAGACAUCAAAGAAAGAUAUACGCCUUCCCUGUUAUUAGUUAGGGAUCCAUACCUCCUGUAUUUUCUCCUUUCCCCGAACAGGAAACAGGAUCCAGGCAGGUGGUAUGAGUAGAUUUCUUACCAAAUAAUCAGACAAUAAACAAAUAAAAUCUAUGAAUGGACUCGGGUCCUUUGCGUUAAGUUCAGUGUGGGAACUUCCUUAGGGACCAUAAAAUUAAAACUGUUUAAAAGCGAUUAAUAUGCCAACAGAAUAUAUCAGCCUAUCAACCCCUUACUCUAUUUCCAUUAAAAAGGGCUAGUUCCAAGUUUCCACAGGUGGUCCAGGGGGUGUUUAACUGCUAAAUGGCUGAGAACUGAGAGUGAGACUGUAAUGCAUGAAAUGUACACCAAAACCACUUAAUUAAUCUAAAGCUGUUUUGGUGCUUAAGCAUUCAUUUAUUAUCCCUUCAACUCAGAAAAUUAGUCUGAGCCUGUCUUGUUAGUCUAUAGUUAGAAGGUCACAUUGCAUUCGAAAUGAACCUAUGAGCUUCUCAUGAUCAGAAAGUCACAGUAUAUUAGAUAGGAGCCCAGCACUGCAUAGCUAGUCCUAUUAAUCUGCAAAUAAGAGGUCACAGUACAUUACCUAUCAACCAAACAUUGUAUAAGGGAACCUCUCUCUCUGAUAAUGUAAUGCAAAGGUCAUACUGCAUUACACAUAUAGCCUAGUCUGAGCCUGUCCUCCCUUACAUUGUGUGCAUUAGCUGACCCCAGGAUUGGUGCCUCACUGUCGCAUUUUAUGGUAUAAUUAUAGUUUUAUGGCAUAAUAACAGACGCUCAGUGUCUCUUGAGCGGCCCUGUCUACCGAAAUUAGCAUUUGGCACCUGUAGAACUGAGCAUUGAUAGGCAAUUACAGAGAAUGAACAAACACCAUCCACAAGUACAGAGAAUAGUGCACUACAUCACUGCUUGCACUAGAUGGCGCUUUUUGUAGCUGCACCUUUAAGUCCAUGCACCACCCACUUUGAUGGGAAAAAGACACGUGACGGGGAAGCAGUGUUGGUGUAUUUGUCCCAGGAGAGGAAGGGAGAUAUCGCACAGGAGGGGACAACAAAGCACAAAAGUGACCAAAAUAGGACAGAGAGCAGCUGAGAGGGAAUAGUUGAGGGAGAGGGUGUGGGAAGAGAUUUUAAGUGAAUAAGCUAGGUGCUAAAAAAGCUUUUAGGAGUGGGGAAGUCAGAAAAGUGGAUGCAGUUUAGAGAGGAGUUGCUGGUUAAAUCAUUACAGAUUGGGAGGGAGGUGGAGUGGGUAAAAGGUAAACUUCGUUUUGGAUGUUUGAGUAUAGUGAGGGAGAGGGAGUUCAGGCAGGCAACUGUAACAAGGUUGGGGGUGAAUGUGUGGGCUUUGUGGGUGAGCAGUAAAGUAGACAGUAGGAGAGUGGCAUAGAAGGUAGGGUUAACCAUGCCACAUUUCACUGUAACUAAAGUGCCAGACUCUGAGUAUGCUACAGAGGGGGCCAGCUCCAGUCCUACAGGAUGGUCUGAAUCAGAAGAUACAUGGGGCACCGGUGAGUUCUUAUGAAAUCUCAGAUUGGCUCUGUCUGUUUAAUACGCUUCACUUUACUGUCUUAUCCUAAUCAGUACAGGGUGUAGCAGAAAAGAACAUGAGUAUAAUUGAAAACUUCUUUCUUGUAAUUGAUUUCAUGGCUGUCUUUUGGAGAUGAGGCCUCUCAGGGCACCACCCUUAGGAGUGAAGAGGCGGUGCACUAGAACUUUAUAGCUGCUAGACUAUGACUAAUAAUAGUGACCUAUUAUGUGAUUUACAGUGUUGCAAAAUUUGUUCAUUUAAAGUAAAAGCUUUGCCGUGUUUGUGCAGGCUGGCCAAGUAUUCUGGGAAAGGUAAUUCAGUGAUGCAACUUGGCUAUCACUGUAGUACAAGUCUGUGUGAUAUGUAGGAACCCAAAAGAAGAAAAUGGAUUUUCUUAGGAGACAGGGAAAAAGUGUGUGGUUUUUUUUUUUUUUCCCCAGAGACUUCUAAAUAAAGCUUUCAAGAAAUCUAUACUCUUACAGUUAAUGUCUGUGGAGCAAUGGUUCACUGUACUUUGUGGUUUGGCAAGUCCUGCUUUAAUAAUAAACUUUCUUUUCAGUAGAAUAGUUCUAUUGAUUUUUCAGAAAGUGUCCCACAUCACAACUGGUUAGCCUAAUACUGGGCCUGCCUUGUUUAUCUAUGAACUACAAACUGCAGUUCAGUAAACUAGCCAGACGGUCACAACAUCCAAUUAACUAGUGAUUUAACAAGUUUAGACUCAUUGAAACAGAAGUAUCCUACUUGCAAGAGCUAUGCAGUGUAGGUCUGAGAUUUGUUAUAGCUCAUGUCAAACUAUAGGAUAACUGCUACAUAAAUAGAUUAACCACAGAUAAGGACCAAUUUGCCACUUUAGUCUAGCUGUCUUGACAUCUCAUACUUGAUUUUUCUACAGAAUAUGCUUGUCCACAUUCUUGCAAUCAGAUGAUCUAAUUGUACCUUUACUACUGUUUCUAGAAAGUAGUUCCAGUUAUCUGCUACCUUUUUUGUAAUGUUUUAUUUUUUCAUUACUCCUCAGAUUUUCACUCUCCAGCUUGAAAUCACACUCUUAAAAUGCUUUCCAGUUUCAGCUUUAUGAAGUACCUAAUUUAUUUAAAGGACCUUGCCGUGUCUCCUUUGCUGAUACAUCAUAUACAUAUUUAAUAAACAUAUUUAAGGAAUCUAGUUUUGUUAGUAAGACCUUUUAGCAUUUGUUUUAUUGAAAAAUGAAUUUUUUUUAGCUUUUGAUCAAUAAGUUAAUAAGUUUUAUCUCCCCCCCCAUACAAUUUAUUAUACUAUUUGAGCUAUUACAUAAAGUCCUUUUUCUUGUCAAAUUGUACAUAAAUACACAAUUUUACACUGUAAGAAAUGGUUCCCAAGGUUAAUUUAUUGCUUUUCUUUUUCUUAAAUCUCUAUGACUAUUAUAUAUUACCAAAUACUUGUAGAACAGAAUAUAAACUUUACUAAUUGUACAUAAUCACUCACCAUGAGAUAAAUGGUAGUAAUGUUAUUGGUACCCAAUACCCUUGAAGAGUGUGAAAAGGAAGCAAAUAGUUACUUCUCUGAACUGGAAUCUCCUUGCCUCUUGUCUGGUCAGAUUGUUUGAUUUGUCUAUAUAUGCAUUGUUUAAGACUGCAGAAUAUGUUGCCACUUUAAUAAUGUUAAUAAAAUAUAUUUUUAGCUGUAGAUCAAAGCCUAUACAUGGGUAAAUAAUAUAAUGGUGAGAACAUUCUGUUAAUUUUCUUUCAUGUUUUUGCUCUACAGAUCGGAGCCAGACAUCGGUAACGGAAGAGAACAGCAAACUGCUAGGUAAAGCACGGUGUUGGAUCAGGGCUCUAAUACACUCUGUGAAGUGUGUGACAGACUACUAAUGUAAACCUGUCUCUUAUAGAGAUUGACCGCAGGAAGAAUUCAUCUUUGUACCAGAACCACAAUGAAAAGGAUGAAGAAUCUUAUGACCGUAAUCUUGCUCUGUUUGAGGUGAGGGGUGGAACACGUGUAUCAUUUUAAACUCAUUGAAUUUUUCAUGUAUUUUUAAAAAAAUGUUUACUGCUCUCUCAACCUUCUAACUUGUUUUUUUUUUUUUCUAAUCUUCCUUUUUCUUUUGUGAGACUGGUUUUCCUUUCCUUAUACCUCUAUUUUGUCUGCAGGAAGAAAUGGACACUCGUCCCAAGGUGUCUUCUUUGUUGAAUCGUUUGGCCAAUUACACCAACCUCCCGCAGGGUGCUAAAGAGCAUGAGGAGGAGAGUGAGGGCAAAAAGAAGCAUUCUAAAGUGAGUAGCUAAAUAAUUUCAAUAUAAUGUAGAAUGUAAUAAGGUUUUUGGCUUUGUUUUUCAUUAAUAAUUCUGGGUUAGUUUUCUGUAGUCGCAAAAUUAAUGUUAAAGAAUAACUAAAGGCACCCUGACUACUUAAUUUCAAUCAAGCGGUUUUCGGUCAGGUGCACUUUAGUUUUAACCUUUCAAUGUAAAACAUUGCAGUUUUGUAAUAACUGCAAUCUUUCCAUUGUAGGGUUAAACACACCUCUAGUGACUGUGUUCAUGACACUACAGAGUUAGGAAUACAUGUUUAAGAAAAACACAACCUUCUUUUUAUUGUUUACUUUUUGCCUUUCCUCCACACUUUGCCCAAAUGUAUCUUUUAUUUUUCAUCCUCACAAUGAGUUUUCCUUUUUUGCGGUUCUCCUUUAGAUAAUUUUAUUAUCUUUCCUUUUUCUUAUCACUAUCUCUUCUAGUCCACUCGAAUGGGCACUAUUAUGGGAGUGUACCUUCCUUGCCUGCAAAACAUUUUUGGUGUGAUCUUGUUUCUCCGUCUUCCCUGGGUCGUGGGGACUGCUGGAGUUCUGCAUUCCUUUUGCAUUGUGUUUUCCUGCUGCUGCUGUGUGAGUAUUAGAGUAUUAUUUUGGGUGUCUACCUUGCUUGGUAGAGUUAAUGGCACUCAGAUACACUCUCUAAUACUAAUCUUUGUGGUUAUUUCAGACAAUGCUUACAGCCAUUUCUAUGAGUGCAAUUGCAACAAAUGGAGUAGUACCAGGUGAGAAUGAACUAGUCUGUUCUGUGCUACCUUGUUAGUUACAGAUAAUAUGCAUUGUUUGUAUUUUACAGUGUGUCCUAAGGAGCUGCUAUACAUGUACUAAAAACACUAGAAUUUUAUGAAAUUUUGUACUAAACUUAAUACAUGUGCACAACGGUUAGAAUUUUAGAAUUUGCUCAACUUUAAAUUAUAGCAAAAAAUGUAAAUGGCAAAACAUGUAAAUUUCUUGACUAAAUGUAGUCAUUUGGAUUUCCUUUUCGCUAUGGUUCUGAGUUAAGUCAAUUACCCCGCUGGAGUGGAACUUGUACAAAAAAUGAUUCCAAAAUCUGUAGCAGUAUGGUUUGUUUAGAAUUCAAAAUUAAUUUUAAAAUUUUAGGCCAAAAUAGCUCCACUGAAUUGGUGAAUUAUGCUAGCUUUGCUAUUUUGAUCUAAAAUUUUAAAUUCAAUUUGAAUUCCAUAUAAUUCACGUAUAAAAGAAUAACCUGUACAAUAAACCCGUAUAAGUUGUCUAAUUUUUAAACUGAACUGGUUCUCUGGAUGAUCAUGCAAAAGUAAGAUAGUACGAUUACACCAGUUAGCAGACCCAAUAGACAGGGAUGUCUUAUUACCAGUAAGAUUAGAGUGAAACGCACAGUGAUAUGAACUUAAUGAUCUGUUGUACAUUAUUUUUUUUACAAACUCCUCCCUCCACCCCCACCCCCCCUUUAUUUUAUUAUUUUUUUUUAAUAGCUGGUGGUUCAUAUUUUAUGAUAUCACGGGCUCUUGGCCCAGAAUUUGGAGGAGCUGUUGGUCUAUGUUUUUAUCUGGGAACAACGUUUGCUACUGCGAUGUACAUCCUUGGGGCAAUUGAAAUAUUCCUGGUAAGAGAUUGUUAAAUUUUUUUUUAUAUUUUAUUAAGAGAAAUAUGUGAACAUUCAAAACAAUCCCUGGUAGAUGUGAUCUAAAGCACUGCUUGUACAUCCAUUUACACAGAAAAAUAUAUUAUAGUGAACCUGUCAUGCUAAUCGUCACAACUGACACUGACUACUUGAUUGGUGUCAAUGCUUUCUAUACAUCUGUAUGAGAAUUGUCAGCUGAAGGUUUAACACUAACAUGGAGGAAGAAAAGUGCCUGGGGAGGGUUCUUGUUCUCCAUGUUACAUAAUUAUUAGCAUUAGACCUUUAGUACUGGCAUAUAGAUCUAAAGUAGAUUGAUUUGCAGUGGAGAAAUAGCCCAACUGGUUAAAGAUCUUCAAAUGAAAAUUUCUACAUGUGCUUGCACAAUGUUUAGGUAGACUUUAAUGCUCUUUAGAAUUAAUCUAACUUGUUUACCAUGGCAGGUACACGUGAAAGGUUUACUCAAACAAAAAAAGUGUUUUUUAAAAAAAACAAACAAAAAAAAACAAAACAAAAAACACCGGGUUUGGUUAGAGUAACCAAUGCUGUGCUGGUUUCCCUGGUUAAAGUUAAAGGGGCACUCUGCUGCCCCAAUAAAUCACAUGAUCUACCCCCAAUAAAAACAUGCAUGCGUUUAAUUAUAAAACUCAAAUAAUAGACUAAACCGAAGAAUAAUCUAGCCUGCUAAUAUCCAUAUCUUUGUAUGAAGUAAAUAUACAAUUAAUAUUAUCUGUGCAGUGUGCCUAAUCCGUAAACACAAAGCUGUCUCAAGUCAAAGCAAUGAAGUAACAAUGUAUGUAUAGUAUGUCAGCGUAGCAAAUCUGGACAAGAAAAAAACUCAAGAGCAGAGAAGGCUUCUGGGUUUCAGUUAAAGACCCUGCCACAACAGGGGUUAAAUGAAGAAUUAUCUUACUCUUCCUUUAUCUCACAAUAUAACAUCUCUAAGCGAUCCUACAAUUUUGGUUUUCCAUUAAUAUAUAUAUUUAGGCAGUACUCUUUGAUCUCUGCUUUAAGCAAAAUAAGCUUUCUCAUUUUUACAUUAGCAUUGUAAAUAUGUAUCUAUAUACUUAACAUUAUUAUAUCUAGUGUGAGAUUACCUGUGAACUUUUUUAACCAAUAUGGUUUGAAUUUUUAGACACUUUAAGAAUAGACUAACCUGUAAUGUCUAGAUCGGCAAAUUUCGACCACGCUCUGUAAAUAGCCAUUUUAAAAUAUAAUGUAGGAUACUUUUUUAUUUAUUUAUUUAUCUAUACUUGUCUAAUCUUCUAAUCCAGUACAGGUUGUUUAAUUCUUAUCUUUCCCUAUGUGUUAUCGUAAAAUCUAUCAGUGAACAGAUCAUAAUAACCUGGUCAGGACACUAGCUUUUGACACGCUCCAGGUGUCUAUACUUGGAUUCCUACUUGUUUUUAAUAUGGUGUACUCUGUGGUUUCGGCGUGAAUUCAGUCAAAAUCACAUAACGCAGAGAGUGAAGACUCCAAUCACUGUUACCAGUGCUAACUCAACUAUCUGCAUAGUCAGAAGAGGAGGAAACGUGAUAUAAGCACUUUGAGAUUAUUCAGAGAUCGAUCUGAAGUUGGACACAUCUGAAGGCCGUUUCAUUUUGGGACAGUUACGCCCCGCUGUGGCAAAUAUUUGUCCCUCAGUAUAUCCUCUCACUUGAAGUUCUCAAGUUGAUUGUCUAAUUACACAUGCUUUGUAUACUCCAGAAGUCAGCGUUGAUUGUAGCAGGAUUAGUACAAGGAAGGGAAAAUAAACUACUUGUUAAAAAACAAAAAACAAACCUAAAACUGUUUAACGUGACAGUUGCCCUUUAAAUCCUUGUAGUCAGUUACACAUUCUUGUCGGUGUGUUUUUUUCUGAAUACUUAUGUUUAUAGCAAUUAUCUUUUUCAUUGUGCAAUACACAUACUAGUUUUAUUUUACUGCUUGGUUUCAAACAAUAGACUACCUCUGUGAUAAACCCCUAAAGGUGUUUUUACCAUAAAUAGACAACUUGCUGGUAGUGAUUUUACUUUAUCACAUAAACAGACUUGUGCUAUAAAUUGGCAGGCAGGUAGAAAAUUUGAGUUUUCUAUAAACAGAAGGCACCAUUAGUAAUACUUUCUUUCUAAUAAGAUUUGUCUUGGCGUAUGAUACUGCUUAUGAUUUUGUUAUUACAAUAUUGUAACACUGACCUUCACAUGUCUUUUGCCUAGGUUUAUAUUGCACCCGAUGCAGUAAUAUUCCAAGGUCAGGGAGCAGCAGAGGAAUCUGCAGCUAUGUUAAACAACAUGCGAGUAUAUGGGUCUGGAUUCCUUCUCAUCAUGUCAUUCAUCGUAUUUGUUGGUGUACGCUACGUGAACAAGCUGGCUUCUCUAUUCCUGACCUGUGUCAUACUGUCUAUUUUAGCCAUCUACACAGGGGCUCUAAAAUCUGCCUUCGCUCCACCUGAAUUUCCGUGAGUUGGUACACAUUCUAGCCAGUGGGCUGGCCAUGGUAGAGGAUAACGUGUUUACUGUAAUCAUUAUGUAUGUUGUGUUAUGGGUUAGCUUUGUGUGCUGCAAAUAAUAGAUUUUUUGUUUUAGUCUCAUAACAUGAAAAGUGGAAAUUGUAUCUUGACAAUUUUUAAUCUGUAUCAAUGAUUUUGUUAAAAUUUACUUUCUUAGUAAAUGGAAAAGGGGGAAAAAAAAUUGCACGUCAAUUUUAUAACUAAACUUCUCAGUAUACAUUACUUUGUAGCUUGAAAUAUCCUUUGUAUCUAGAAGCCAAGGCCAAAAGUUAGGAGGCAGGUAAAAUUCAAAUUUAACAUUCCGCUCACACAUUGAAUUAUUUCACACACCUUAGCAACUCUCUCGCACACAUGCCUAAUUAACGACAUUCACGACAUGAUGUUCUCGUUUACUGACAUGCACAUACAAAAGUAACUGUACAUACAUAACUUUCUACGGACAAACAAAACCUAAUUAGGAAGACCAAGAUAACAUUCUCCUAUAUUUACAUACAUGCAUACUUAGACUCACACUAAGAUAAUAAACACAGACAAUUGAAUUACUCUUCCUUUUCGUCCCUACUGCUCUCCUCCAUUUGGGAUUUGUUUGGGUUUGGAGAUCUGCAUAUUUUUGGCAUCAGAGUUAACUGCACAGUUACUGUUGCACUACAGUGCGGCAUCCUGAUUUAUCUGGAGGAUCUGAUGUUAUAUCACAGCAAGAUGUAUUAGUACAAUGAUUCAGUGAAGCAAUCUGUUCUACUGGAGCACACAGGGGCUUUCUUGGAUCCUUUAGGGGCCAGUCAGAUCAAAAGGGGUAGAAGGUAAAAUUCUCUGCCAUGGCUGCACAGAAAUCACAUCUGAUGCCACGCAUUUGUUAAGCUCUACUUUUGUUUGUUUGUUUGUUUAAAGUGAUAUUCUAAACAGUAUUUCCAGUACAAUGCUCCUAUACAAUGUGUUAUAGUGAUUAUGGUGCAAUGAGUCUUUGUCUGCCAUUCUUCCAUUUUAUUUAUUUAUUCCAGUUUGGAGCAAUUGAACAAAUGAUUGGGCUCUUACAGCCCUCUGCUGCAACCAAUCUUUAUUUUGCCAAAUUUGGACGACAACUACAGUGGGGUGCAGCUUAGCACAGCACUUAUUGUUGCUGUCUUAGUUUGAUUGGACAUAUUUUUUUAACUUAUUUUUAUUUAAUAUAUAGAAUGCUUGCCUCCUUUUUGCUACUUGUUUUCUGAUCCAAACAUGAAAUGGCUGACCCCUGUCAGCAAGCCCUGGUCUUUCCUACGAUUACCAAGAGGCUCUAUUUUCAUAUAGCCUGAUAUGCUGGUUAUGGUGCCAGGAGUGCUCUAUUCUAAUGUAAAUUGUCAAACCGUGUUCUGGGAGCACUUAUAAUGUCUAUCAUUUUGAUUUUAUUUUUGAUAACCAAUCAGUUAAGUUUCUCAUAAAUCUCAAAUUAAAAUUUCCAUGCUUGUGGUGGAGUCUUGAUGCUUUUUUGUUCUGUCAUAAUUUGUAUGCUUUGCAUUGAAUCAUUGCGGAAUUUUACGAGAACCACAUCUGUUAAUUUUGGAUGAAAUGGCGUAUCAUCUUUCCCUUUUUUCUUUUCCCAUUCCAACUCAGCCUUUGUUUUUGCAUUUUGUAGUUUUUCACUCUUAGUAGAUCUUACCUACAGAUAAUUUUAUUUGUGUGUAUGUUGUUCUCCAUUCCUUGGCUUCUUACAGAUCCCACAAGAACCAGUGUCUGUCUAUCUCGCACACUGUAUGUGUAGGUGAACAUAGCAGACAUAAUCUGUACUGGAUGUCAGAGGCGACAUAGCAUUUCUGUAUGUAAGAUUAAUGCUUGCUUUUCUGUUGGCCUGUGUAAUUCUUGUAUAAUCACUAGUCUGGAAAUGUGUGAGUGCCUAGGGAACUGGCUUCCUGCAGAGUAUAGUGGCAAAGCCAUUGACUGCUGUCACAAGCAGUCUCUAGUAGCUUGCCACCUACUUUGAUUUAGCAACUUGUCUCACAAGCAGCACUUUGCAGAAUGUUUUCACUACAGUCUACACAUAUGCUGGGCUGGAUUCAUGCUGGCUACUUUGACAACUUAGAAGUUUAUUUAGUGUUCAGACAUGUUAAGAGUCCAGUUUUCGUUACUUAUUUUUUUGCUGAUAAUUUGGUGUGAUAAGAUUUAUUUUGUUUACUGAGUUGCUUUGCUUCUGUUGAGCUUGAGAAUGCAAUAUUUAUCGACUUAUAUUGUCAUAUAACUUUGACAUUUCACAGAAAAUAUUCAACUAUUCAUAUACAUUCGAAUAUAACUGUGUGCAGACACUUGUAUGGUUUUAGCAACAUAUGAAUGUGUGUAUGCGAAGCAACUGUAUAUAGGUGUGAAGAUGAAUUUGAGUAUGAGAAAAUAUGUAUAUACAUAGGUAUAAUUGAAAAAGUCAAAUGUGUUUUUUUUUUUUUUUUUUUUUUUUAAAUCCAAUUUGCCUAUAUUAUUGUGAUCGUCUGGUAGUCCGUUGGAUUUAACCCUGCAAGUUCUGCGCACAUUGGAGCUGGAGGAAAAAAUCUGUAAAUGUCAAAACUACAGGAAGUGAGGGUUUUAGCCACAGAAGUGCUGAAUGUACAGGACGACAUAACCCCACGAGUGCCGGACUCCAAUAAGCCUGCAAUUUAACCCUAUGAAUGGUAGUCAGAGGUUAUGGGAGUGAGACUUAUAAGCUCCACACUCUGAUCACUUACAUUCCUUGUGCAAUAUACUGCAUGGAUGAGGUUCACAACAUGGGGCAACAAACCGACAGAUCAACAGAAAAAGGACUUAAAAAGUGUCCUUUGUUCAGAGUUUAAACUAAUUAGUAUUGAACAGCUUUCCUGUUUUGUAUAAGUUAAUGGUAUGGGGCAGUAACAGCUGCUGCUGCUGCCGUCCUUAUGUUAAAAUGUCCCUGCAAUAGAGACAAAAAGCUGGUUGCGCUGACUUAAUGCUUGAACCUUUGUCAGUUUUUCAGUUUCUUUUUAUGUUAUGCAUAACAUAAGCAAACUGAGGCUUUGUUGGUUAGUGCUUUUUCUACAUGACCGUUAAUUUAAUUAAAAACAAAUAACUGGAUUUAUUUGGAGUGGAGUAGAAAUAGACUUGCCCCUGUUGAAGCUCCUAGUGCAGCAGUGUGUGCACGCUAAAUGUUGCUUAAGGUUUAGCAAUUCCCUCUUACACUUUCUCUGCAGCUACCAGUUGGCUGCAUUUGGCUGGGAAGUGUCUAAUUAGACGGACAGCUUAGAACUUAUGGGAGCAGUGGGCAAGAUUGAGGCAGUGGAGCCACUGGAAGUCUACAACACAGUCGAACCAGGGGAAAAAAUCCAAUACUCCAUUGUGUAUAUAGUUAUAAUGAGAGUGUACAUUUAAAACUUUACGUUAUGAAGAUGAACUAUCAUCCCACUUACAAGGAUUUCAUAAAAGUAAAAGCAACAAAAAAUAGAAUGUCAUCUUAUUUAUUAUUUCACUUAUUUCCUUACAAAUAUUACAAAUGUUUCGAUUGUACAUCUCAAACUUUUAGGGGCACACUUUGAUUUAAAAUGUCAGAAAUUGAAACAAAGCAGUAGCGAGGUGACUUGGUAAUGUGUAAAUAUUGGGAACAAAAUUCUGUUUUCAUGCCAAUGUCUUCUGGGAAAAAUAUAAAUAUCUGGCUCAAUAUUUUAAAUAUAGCUACAUACAUAUAUUUGUGGUCGGGGACAAAAAGUCGAGUUAUAGUAGUGGUGGCAUAAGUCGGUUGUGGUGUGCGGGAACCGACAUUCGGGUAGGCCAGUAAAAAGAGGGCAAAAGUUUAAUAGUUUAUCACUUAAUACAUGUUGACAUUACAUAACCAAUACUUAAAUAUUUAUUAAAAUUAUAACCAUACCUGAAAAUUUUACAAUUUGUUAAUGGGAGAUACUGUAUAACAACCAGGUACUGGCUGACCUUUGUUAAGCCAAAUGGUAAAACGAUUAAGCUAAAUUGGUGACUUGUGACCCAUGAUUUGGCCCGUGGGGCAGGUUUGCUACUGAGCGUUGUGGUGGGGUGUUGGCCUCUCAGUGAGAGCUAAAGCGAUAUAUAUGAUAAGUUGACCAUGACUGAUGAGGCCCUAACUGCUUUGCCAAGAGGGCGAAGAUGCAAGGCAGUAACUAUGAUUUGGCCCGAGGGGCGAAAUAUCCUUGCUGAGUUGGCCUCGCGGGACAGCUAUGUCAUGGCACAAGAGGCCGAAAACUACCUAUGGCCACAGUUUUUGUACGUAGGGAGUUAUCAUAAAAGCAAAUCACUUGCGUGGUGAUAGAAAAUGUGAAAUAGUCAUGUCACUCAUGAAUUAUUUUCUAAUUAGACAUAUACCUGGAUGAUAAAUGAAUGUGUAAUAAAGGGACAAGAAAUACUUGUAGAAUGAUUAACUUAACCAAAACCCGAGAGUUACCCCAGAGAACUUGGUGUUCACAUUUCAGAACUAUGUUACUAACAUGGAACAAUUGUUUAGCAACAGUCUGUGCCAGAAAAGUAGAUAAAGUAAGUACUAUGAGCCCAGAACACCAAAUUACUCUGACAACAGUUUUCGACCUAACUGAAGGAAAUUGAACAGUAAAAUAAAGACCCAGUUGACCAUAUUUCACAAUAUGCAAUGACUGAUAAGUAGUAGACAUGGAGAGACUUUACGUAAGGAUAUGCAUGUAACUCGAUCAUUAACUGAUUCACAUAAAAAUCACCUGCCUAUCGUACUGGCAUGAAGCGAAAGAAGUAAGAGCCUGAAAUAGGUGAGGAUAAUACUAAUACAGUUAAAUUAGUGACCGAUCAAAGAGGCCAGGAUAUGUUAACUGCUACGAGAGGACCAAGGUUCUUGGGAGUGUUCUGAGAGAGGGCUGUAUGGGAAAAAUGUACAUGGGCCUACCGAGGCAGUGUGUGAUAUUGAAACGUAGAAUGGAAGAUUUGUAUUUUUAUUUUAUUUUUUCAAAUUGUAAAACUGUAAACUUAUUUAAAUGCCCUAUUGAUGUGCCGUAACAGUCGUAGCAGUUGCCCUAGAGGGCCUUGUGUAACUUAUGGAGUGAAGGGUUAGUGGUGGCUUUAUGUAGAGGUACCGUAGCGGAAGGCAGAGAAUGCCCAAAGUAAGUCAUGAGCUGCAGGAAGGAGAGAGUAGAAAUAAUGCUGAAAAUGGGUAACGGAUGUAUGGAGUGAACAAUUUAAGGAUAAACCAAGGUAUGUUAAGAAAAAUAGUGACACAGUGCUUAGAAUAAGGGAUUAAUUUACUAGUGAGUGUCGCAGGCCGAGAGAGGGCCGUUUAGGCCUAGCGAAACGAAGUGAUGUAAUGAAAUGUUAGAAGGAAAAGUGUGUGUGUGUGUGUGUGUGUGUGUAUGUAUGUAUGUAUGUAUGUAUAUAUAUAUAUAUAUAUACACACACACACACACACACACCCCAUGCAGCAGGAAGGUACUUAUACGGAUCCAAAAUAGGGGUGGGUAUGUCAUAAUGCUGCUCACAGAGUGCUAUAUGAUGGGAAUGUAAUGAAGGCCUAGUAAGGCCACGUGUGAAGGCUAAGCACCUGAAACAAGAUCAGUAUAAUCAUAUUUACUUUAGCUAUGUGCACAGUUUCAAUCUGAGACCUAUGAAGGAGAUCAUGAAACCACCCAAAUAGAUGCAUGUGGACCAAAGUGCUUAGUGAGGUAAAGAUAAUGGUAGUUGAUGAUGGAAUUACAGUUACUCAAGGACAAUGCCUAAUGAGGAUAGGUGUGUUCUUGAUAACAUGUAGCGUAAUGGGGUGGUAUGCAACCCCGGGAAAACAGAUGUAAUCGAAAAUACGCAAAGGAGUUGCCGGAAUAGGACGAGGAUGGUUGCCCACUGCCAGACAUAUGAACAAACACGAUAAUUCUUAGUGAGGACUACGUGUAGGAAAUAUGCGUAUAAACCGGCGGUGGUGGUGACGACCAAUUGGGUGUAGCAUUAGAGUGGCUGCGUGAUCUGUGUUGGGAUUAAUGCAGGUGAUCGUUAGGAUGCAAAACAGAAAAGGGUUGUGUAGUUGUGGAACAUUUGUAUAGGACUGAGACAUGUUGAUGAGACUGUAGAGUUACUAAAACAUCAAGUGUAUGAAAUGUUGAACAGAAAAGAGACCGUACGUAAACUCCUAUACACUUACUCACUGAUCCAAAUAAUCAUGGUGUCUGCAGAUAAAGUCUUAACGGGAACUGUGGCCCUCUAGAAUGCAACAGUGGAUAAAAAGGUUUAGUGACAUGAUGGCCUUAUACCAGACAUAAGAGUACAUAUGAGAAAUAAGACAUACGGUUAAAGAACAUACUUAUGGAACUCUUACAAGGAUAAUAAAUACUUCUAAUUAGCCUAGAAGAAUAAAGUUAAAGGCAACGGCACAUGCUAGAAUAAUCGUAAAAUAACAUAGUAAUAUUAGCAUAAGCUAUAACUUUAUUGCUUGAUGAACAUAACUGCAUGAGAAACUGAACGCAUGUGGAUCGUAUGAAUCUGACAGUAAAAGUAAUUACAAUACCUGGGCCAGUUAAAAUGCGGUCGACAUGAUUGAAACAAGUUAGUGUAAAAGAGAAAACAUGCUGCCUGCAGGUGGCAGAGAUGUAAACUGUUUUUAAAUACUGAUGAGGUUGCAUCGCAUAAGGAUCCUGAGUGGUUGAACGUGAAGCGAAUAUAUGAAAGUUUGUAAAAUUCGAUGUGCAUGAGCAGCUGAAUGUGGGCUGGAUGUGGCCAGCAAACAAAGAAAACAUUCAGUUAUCAAAUGCCUGCACCAUGUUUGCUGGCACUAUAUAAAUAAAGUAAUAUUAAACAAACUGUAAAUUAGCGUAUGACCUAGAAGAACUAGAGCAAGUGCACACAGUAGUUCAGAUAUAAUUAUGCCCGACAAUGUAAAGUACAAUGCACUAGGCCUGUGCGGAGCCCAGAAAUGGCUACAACAAUGUAAGUGGUGAUGGAAUGUGAAAUAAGACCGAUUAUCAUCAAGGCAGUACCAUAAAGGCUAACAUGUAUAGGCCCAAAUUUGGACCUGACAUAAAUUUGUAUAGGCCCAUGUUUGGGAUUGACGUCAUUAUGACCCACAUAAUAUUUAUGUAUGCUUGACUAGACCCGUGUGGAGCACAGAAAGGGCUAAACCAACGUAAGUAGUGACGGACAGUGAAAUAAGACAGUUUAUGAACAGGCAGUACCAUAAAUGCUAACCAGAUGUAUAGGCCCAAGUUUGGGUCUGACAUAAAUUUAGACAGUCAGUAGCAAAACCUAGCCACAUAAUAACUAAACAAUGUAUGCCCAACGAGUCCUGGAAUACCAAGAGGGCAACCAUAAAGAAACAUUAAAAUGUAGGGUGACGAAAUGUAUACUACUAAUUUUUAUGAGUUUGAGGUUGUUUUAGUAAGAGGAUUUUUAGAUAUUUAGAAGAUAUUCCCCUUUAAAAAGGAUAAGGAUUUUUUUAAAUUGUGUACAAGUUCAUAUUUCUGUUUUCCUCAACCACAUGUAUAGGCCCAAGUUUGGGACUGACCUAAAUUUAGACAGCCACCUGCAACACCUAGCCACAUAAUAACUAAACAAUUUUUGCCCAAUGAGUGGUGUGUGUUUUUUGUUUUUUUUGACAUUUAGAAGAUAUUCCCGUUUUAUAGAGGAGAAUACAUUUUUAAGUUGUAUUGUGUACAGAGAAUGCGUGCCUGAAUACCAAGAGGGCAGCCAUAAAGAACACAUUAAAAAGCAGGGUGACUAACUGAAAUACAUAUGAUAAGUCGAUACGGCCCAAUGAGGGCCAAAUGCAGUAAGGAGAAUAUAUGAGAUGAAUUUAGGCAGCUCUGUGAGGCUAUGAUUGAAAUCGGCUGAAUUUGUGUUAGUAGUUAGUGAGGUAAAAUGAAUACUUGCGUAGGCCGUAUGAGGCCAAAUCCAGCUUGUUUGGAGUUUGGCAUUUUGUGUUGAUGGCCUUUUGAACUGGAAGUAGAUCUGAACCAGGCAGCAACAGCACAGAGCAAGGGGAAGCCUGUAUAUUUAUAGGCAAACUAACCCCUCCCACAAAUCCAGGCUUCACCCACAGGCCCAGAUAUAUAUCUUGUAAUACAUUUUUUUUAUUUUUUUUUAUUGGACUAACAGAAUUUUGUAAUAACAAGCUUUUCAGGAGAACCUCCCUUUCUCAAGUCUUAAGCACUUCUGAGCAAGACGACACAUAGAAUUCAAAGUUGUCGUCUUGCGCAGAAAUGCUUUAGACUUUAAAAGAGGUAUUACAAGAUACAAAUUUUAUACAUCCACAUCACUGGUCUAAUAUGGCUACAAUCUCUGCUUUAAAUAAAUAAAUGUGUGUGUGUGUGUGUGUGAUAGAUAUAUAUAUAUAUAUAUAUCUCAUACAUGCAUACAUCAUAGUAGCUUGCACUCCAAGAAGACUUUUGUAGUGCUCGGUGCUGGUUGUGGCAAAAGUAUAUAUGGGUGUAGAAACAAUCGCACUCCUGGGAUUUGGUUGACAUGUUACCUGUCCUGAUGAAAGCUCCAUGUUGGAGCUGAAAUGUUGAUAUUUUAUAUGGAAUAAAUAAAAGCUAAAUUGUACUACUUCAACCAAGUCCCAGGAGUGUGAUUGUUUUUAUAUAUAUAUAUAUAUAUUUAUAUAUAUUAUUAUUCCAACAAACUUUGCAGUGCUGUACAAUAGGUGGACUAACAAACACGUAAUUGUAACCAGACUAGCUUACAUGCUCGAUGGAGUGUGUGUGUGUGUGUUGAGAAUCUGACUAGCACAUAUGAUGUUUUUAUUCAGGCCUCCCGGCUCUUCCUCGUCAGUGCUUUACUGAGCUUGACAGUGCACCUGCUCUGCCAUGCAUUCUAAGCAUUACUGACACACAUGCACGUGCAGUACUUCUGUCAUAGUUAGCCUUUUUUUCUAGCAGGCACCUGGGAUGUUUUUAUAUGCAUUUUAAGGCUCUUUGGAAUUCAUUUUAAGUUUGAUAAUUUCAUUUGAUAUUCGUGUCUGUUUUUAUUUUGUAAAUUAAGGUAAAUGUUCAUUGUUCACAUUACAAAUUGUAAAAUUUUGUACAAAGGUGGUGUUAAAUGAAGCCUCUGUAAGUUACUUUUUUUUUUUUUUAUAAUUAAAAUUUUGAUUAUUUAUGGCUUUUAAUUUGCUGGAAAAAUUGGGAAGCACAAAAUGGUUAAACAUUUACAAAUAUACUUGAACCUCUUUUCUUCUAUUCUUUUCAUUUAGAGUAUGCAUGCUUGGCAACCGCACACUGUCUAGUCUCCAUUUUAGCCAGUGUGCCAAAACAGUGGAGACGGACAACGUAACUUAUACCACCGACUUGUGGGAUCUCUUUUGUCAACCGCCUGGACAGUUGAAUGCAACUUGCGAUGAGUACUUUAUACACAACAAUGUAACCAUAAUCCAAGGGAUCCCAGGCAUGAGCAGUGGAAUCAUCUCUGGUAUGGAGUACAUGUCUUUACUGAAAAUUAUUUCUUUACUUUGUUUUACAAUGUCACAUUCCUCUUUUUUCUUCGCCUUUCACAAUUUGCUCUUCUUCAUUCUAUCUCUGCAUCUUGUUUGAUUGUUCUUUUUUUAUUUUUUUUAUUUCCACUAUUCUCUUCCACAGAGAACAUCUGGAGCAAUUACCUUCAGAAAGAAGAAAUUAUAGAGAAAGUUUCUUUAACGUCGGAGGAUGAACCAGGCGCUGUCUCUCAUGAAUAUGUUGUGACUGACAUUACAACCACUUUUACCUUGCUUGUUGGAAUCUUCUUUCCAUCUGUUACAGGUAAUAAGCCUUUGGCCACUGUAUUUCUAGGGCCUAAAUGACAUCCUAAGCACUAAAGCCAAUACAGCUUUGUGCCCUGAUUAUGGUGCAAGUUGCCUCUUCGGUACAGUCUCUUCUGUUUUUAUCAAACUGCUUUUUAAGUGGCUUGACAAAUAAUUAAGGCUCUACUGGCACCCAAAGCCAGACACCUCUACGGUUGGUGGGAUCUUACAGAAAUAAAACUUAAUUAUACAAAUGUGGAUGACCGUAAUGAUCUUUGGGUGUUGGGUUUAGCAUCUCUUAGCACUCAAGCCUUUGUUUGUUUUCUGCUUUGGAUGGAUAAUGUGGAAGUGAAACUCCUGUUUAUCAUCGCUGCAAACGUUUGGUGCCAGGAGAGACAUACUUUUUGUUAUACUGGUUAAACAGUUUGACAAAAAUUAGGGUUGUCGCCACAUCACCAUAAGCUGGAAUAUGUAUGGUAUUUUUAAGGGUCCAUUUAAACUAUUACAUUUUGUUAGCUUUAAGGUUACUGUUUAUUGACAGAGUGUGCUGGAAAGUUCAUGAAUAUGAACUGAAACGUUGACUGUAUUGGGUUAAGUUGUAAGAUACAUUUUUUUUUUUUCUACAAGUCCUUGAGUGCUGGCUUUUUUCUUCAUAUUGUAUGCUGUGCAGCCGAGCACCGGGCAAGGAACAACUCGGAAAGCUAGACUGCAGAACCCUUACGAAUUGUGUGUGUGUGUGUGUGUGUAUACCGUGUUUCUCCGAAAAUAAGACCGGGUCUUAUAUUAAUUUCAGUCACAAAAAACACACUAGGGCUUAUUUUCAGGGUAGGGGUUAGAGCCAGUCUGUCAGCUGGUGUCCGCGCUGUGUAACCCCCCCAGAGACCCUCACCUCCCCCUCCCUGUAAUACUCUCCCCCCUCCCUCCAUGUAAUACUCUCCCUCCCUCCCUGUAAUACUCUCCCCCUCCCUGUAAUACUCUCCCCCUCCCUUUAAAACUCCCCCGCCCUGUAAUACCCCCUUGGCCACGCUACAGGGAAGGGGAGGUGAGGCAGUCUAUAGAGCGCUCAGUUGGCUGUGGCAUUUAAAGGGCCAGCUAGGGCUUAUUUUCGGGGUAGGGUGUAGUUUCGGGAAAACACGGUAUAUACCGUAUAUACUCGAGUAUAAGCCGACCCGAAUAUAAGCCGAGGCCCCUAAUUUUACCACAAAAAAAUGGGAAAAAUUAUUGACUCGAGUAUAAGCCUAGGGUGGGAAAUGCAGCAGCUACUGGUAAAUUUCUAAAUUAAAUUAGAUCCCAAUAAAAUUACAUUAAUUGAAUAUUUAUUUACAGUGUGUGUAUAGAAUGAAUGCAGAGUGUGUGUUUGUGUGUGUGUAUAUAAUGCAGUGUGUAUAUAAUGCAGUGUGUGUGUUUGUGCAGUGUGUGUAAACUGGAUGAGGGGAGGGCAUUUUUAUUUUAAUUUUUUAAUUUUAUUAUAUUUUAAUAUAUUAUUUAAUAAUAUUAUUAUUAUUUUAAUAUUUGCAUUAUUGUCCCCUCUCCCUGCUUGUUGGGGGGACAAAAAAACAUUUAAAAAAAAUAAUUCAAAUAUUAAAAUAAUAAUAAUAUAAUAAUAAAAUAAUAUUAUUUUAUUAUAUUAUUAUAAUUUUAAUAUUUUAUUAUUUUAUUAUUAUAUUAUUAUUUUAAUAUUUGCAUUAUUUUUUUAAAAAUGUUUUUGUCCCCCCUCCCUGGCCAGGCAACAAGCAGGGAGGGAGGACAAAAAAACAUUUUAAAAAAAAAUAAUGCAAAUAUUAAAAUAAUAAUAUAAUAAUAUUAUUUUAAUAAUAUUAUUUUAUUAUUAAAAUAAAAUACUGAAUCCCUGGUGGUCCAGUGGCAUUGGCAGUUCAGUGGGGGGGGGGCUGACAGCAAGCUGUUACUUACCUUUCUGCAGCUCCUGUCCGCUCCCUUCUCCUCCGUGCAGCUCCUCGGUCAGCUCCGUUCUGUUUACAGUGUAAGUCUCGCAAGACUUACACUGUGAGCAGAACGGAGCUGACAGAGGAGCUGCACGGAGGAGAAGGGAGCUGACAGGAGCUGCAGGAAGGUAAGUAACCGCUCACUGUCAGCCCCUAACAGGACCGCCGGGCUUGUAAUGAGCCCGGCGGUCCUGGUCUGUAUUGUGGCAAUGUAAAUUGCCACAAUACAGACAUUGACUCGAGUAUAAGCAGAGUUGGGGUUUUUCAGCACAAAAAAUGUGCCAAAAAACUUGGCUUAUACUCGAGUAUAUACGGUGUGUGUGUAUAUCUAUCUACCUAUCUAUCUAUCUAUAUAUAUAUAUCUCCAAUUGCUUGCACUCCAGUAUCAAUACUGUUAAGCCUGGUACUUGUUGGCAACAAUAAUAGAACAAAAUAGUAGAUAAUAGCACUCCAGGGACUUCAUAGGUAUAGUGAAAAAAGUAACUUAGCUUUAUUCAGCAACUGCCACAAAGUGUCAACUUUCAGUUCUCCUGACGAAAGUUCUGCACAAGAACUGAAACGUUCACACUUUGUGGCAGUUGAUGAAUAAAGCUAAGUUACUUUUUUCACUAUAGCUGCACUGCCCCAGGAAACAACUCUAUUUGCAUCUGAGUAGUGGUCACUGGAGUUAUCCCUAGGCUGUAAUGUAAACACUGCCUUUUCUACAGCAAAAAAACCCGCAGGGACUGAUAAUACCCACCAGAACAAAUACAAUAAGCUGUAGGUGUUCUGGUGACCAUAGUAUCCCUUUAACUUGACUUUAUUACAGAUGUCUGAUUUGUUACAGGUUUAAUUUCCUAACAAUGAAUUGAUAAACUUGAAUUUCAUAAUUUAAGCCAAAAUAAUAUUUUGUAUAGGAGAAUAUUUAAAUGUAAUUUUUUUUUUUUUUUUUUUGGCAUACAUUUUGCCAUUAUGUUAUCAAUUCACCACCUCACAAAAGGGGGGAAAAAAUGUCUGUGCAUUUACAUUUUAGGAUAAUUUGUGUCUGAGCAGGAAAGGCUGGUUUCCUACUACCUUGUUUAUGACCAAUACCUGAUGGAUAGAUGCCCAGUUUGUUCUUCAGGAAGUUUGGCUUUCCUGGCAGGAAACUGUACCACUGCACUGAUUUUAAGGGAGAGCAGAACUGCAAAUUUAUUUUAGCAAUUUCUCCUCAUAUAAAUUUAGAUAGCUUUAAGACAUGGUGUGUGAUCACCCUCCAAGAACCUUUAACCUCUUAAGGACACAGCUUCAGAAGUAAAAGGAUUGCAUGACUGACAUUUGUCCUUAAAAUGUGAAAUGUGUUCUUAAGGGGUUAAAAUGGUUUAGUAUGAGAGAUUCUGUGUCAAUUUAAUGAGUGACUAAUAAAUGUUACAUUUUGCCGCCUUACAGGAAUUAUGGCUGGGUCGAAUCGCUCCGGGGAUCUCAAGGAUGCUCAGAAAUCCAUACCGAUUGGCACUAUUCUUGCAAUCCUUACCACAUCGUUAGUCUGUAUCCUUAUUGCCCAUGCUUUUUCAUUAAAUAAUGUAUAUUAUAGAACAGGUAAUAUAAAGUCACACACUAAUGCAUCCAGGAAGAAUUGUCAAAAAAAUGACAGCUCGACGUUUCAGUCCUCUUCUGGGACUUUCAUCAGGAACAAUACUGAAACGUCGAGCUGUCAUUUUUUUUAACAUGUAUGAAUAAAACCUACAACUUUUAGCUUUCAACAAAACCGUGAGUGCUGGUCAUGCUUACCAGUUUGAGAGAGAGAGAUAUAUAUAUAUAAUAUAUAUUAAUAUUAGAAAUGAAGAGAUGCACUCUCAGGACUUAGCAAAUGAAAAAAAGUCGAGUCUUUCUCAAUAAAUAUAUAUAUACACCACACCACACCCCCCCCCCAGCAAAUUCUCCAGGGCUAAAUUUUCAAUAGCUAAUAUGUGAAUGCCUUGCACUUACAGUUCAGAACAAGUGCCAAAAAGCAAACAGUUUUGUUUUUUUUUAGCCCGGAGAUAUCAGUAUGUUUGGAGGAGAAUUCUAAAUACCAGACUUGUGUCAACACAUCUAAGGUUAUGUAAAGGAUUUCAUAUGGUGUUAGUCUACAUCUAAUAUAUCUCGAUGCGAUGGGUCAAAGAGGUAGCACAUUGUUUUAGUAGGUUUACAUUCUGUUUUCUCACAUUAAAGCUAUGUUCGCAAUAGCUGUAACUUUGAAUUUUCUAGCAUAUUUUACAUAUUCUACACAUGUUAUAAUUACAAUUCUAUCAGCAGAAUAAAUAUUUUUCAUAGACAUCAAAUAAGUCCAUCCACUCACUUGUCCCAGGUAACAUUGAGCUCUAUGAAGCACUAUGCAAGAAGUAAUAUCUUAAUCUCUUGCCAUAUACAGUGAAAAUGGGAGGUCAAAGCAGCACAUGAAUAAUAAAAACAGAGAAAGCAAUAUAUAGUGCAGAGGGUAGCAAUCUGAGAUGUAAAAAAAAAACUGAAGUUGUAUGUACACUCUCAUAGUGUAGAGCCCAAAGGUGUCAGCUAACUUUAUAUGCAGUUGUACCUUUCAAAGUAGCACCCCACCUUUCUUCAAUCUUGAUAUUCCACAUUCAGAGAGAAAACGGGAACACAAUAAUAGUGCGGUAUGUCUAAUGAAAUCCAAGGAGUACUAUAGGGUCAGGAACACAAACAUGUAUUCCUGACCCUAUAGAGUUAAAAUCACCAUCUAGCCCCCCUGUCCCCAUCAUGCCUCCCUAAGUAUAGUAAAAUCUUACUUGUAUUCAAGUCUGAAGCUGCUGGCUUUGUCCCUGUUUCCUUUAGACCUUCCUGCUGACAUCAGUGGAAGUGGUAGCCUGAUUCAAUCACAAUGCUUCCCCAUAGGAUUGGCUGAGACUGACAGAGGCAGAUCAGGGGCAGAGCCAGCACAAUUCAAACACAGCCCUGGCCAAUCAGCAUCUCCUCAUAGAGAUGAAUUGAAUCAAUGAAUCUCUAUGAGGAAAGUUCAGUGUCUGCAUGCAGAGGGUGGAGACACUGAAUGUUUGGAUGCAUUUCAGGCAGCCAUGACCCAGGAAGGAUCUCUAACCGCUAUCUGAGGAGUGGCCAGUGAAGUUAUCACUAGGCUGUAAUGUAAACACUGCAUUUUCUUUGAAAAGACAGUGUUUACAGCAAAAAGCCUGAAGGUAAUGAUUCUACUCACCAGAACAUAAAAAACUAUAAGAGACAAACUCACAAGUGUAGAGCCAAAUGAAGUACACUUGUGAGUUUGUCUCUUAUAGCUUAGGACCAUUUUUUUACACUAGUCUUGAUAUACUUCACUAUUGUACAUUUUGUUGUCUUUGUUCUAUAUAUCCAACCUCUGUUCGGGAUACCCAUUACCCCUGUGUUGUGGGGGUAAGUACUAUUUUAGCGCUCCAAUUUUAGGAGUUUUUCAAGUGGAUUGGUUCUUACCACCCCUCUUUUAACUCUCCAACUUGCAUUUUUUAUAUUUGGUGGAUUUGAGAGAUCCAUACUUAAGUGUUGUAGCUGCUAUAUAUUUCUUGCACAUGCACAUUGCAAAUUCAAUAAGCUGUAGUUGUUCUGGUGACUCUAGUGUCCCUUUAAAAUAGGCUGUUUAGUGUUGCACAACAAAAAAAAUUGUAGUUGAAAAAUAGCCAACCGUGGUUUCAACCAUUUUUGUACAUACAGUUAUUAAAGUAAUGUGACUAGUAUUAGACCAGAGAUAAUGUUUGAGUGCAGGGAGUGGGUCAUAAACGUAAAUUGCAGUCUCCAAAUCAUAGUCUGUAAAAUAAUACCAUGUAUUUGAUUACUUUAGAUGCAUCACUGAUUAUUAUCUACAUUGUCUGUAUAAAAUACAUAUAUCUUGGAUAAUAGAAUUUUGGGGGGGUAUUAAUGGCCUGAGAAAGAUCUGGAUUGAAAGCUAUCCAUUGUUGUAGUGAUAAAUUAACUGUUUUGCAUAGUAUGUUGAUAUUCUUUGUUCUUCUUAAAUGUCUUUGCAUUUUGGCAGAAUCUGUGCUCCUGGCACCUGUCUGAGAUUAUAUUUAGAUUGUGUAUCCUUCCUGCCACAGCCAAUUCUAUUUUAAAGGCUAUAAAGGAGACCACAUUUCAUAUAUACCCAGAUUUGCCUGCAUUUAUUUACCAGCUCCAUAUUUGGCAUUAACUACUAAGGGACAUCUUGAAUUCCAUAGACAUGUAGCAUAGAAUUUAGAAACUGAUGGCAUUCAUAAGUUAUGCAUUAAUAUUAUUUUUUUCAUAUGAUUAUAUAAGUUUUGGAAACAUAUGAAUAUGGAAUGCGUAGCAAAAUAUUAGUUAUUAAAUUAAAGGCAUAUUGUCACCUGUUGCACAGCUCACUUGCCAGUUAAUUGAAGGUAAUUAAUUUGUUUUUUUUCUCAGAACAUGGUUCCAUUUUUUCUUAUUUAAUUAUUAUUAUUUUUUUUUAAUGUUCUGAUGUAAUGCAUAUUGCAAGCAGCUUUUUAUACAAUAUCAAUCAUCUGCCCAUGUGUGUGCACUUCAUUUUUGGAACAAAGCAACCUUUCCUCAUUAAUAUGUGGGAUACACUUUUUUAAUGUAAACUUAUUUAAGAUGGAAGAGUAUGAAUUGUUAAAGAGAAACUCACUUUUCUGAUCUUGACAGUUCCUCACUCCCUCAUUCAAAAGGUUUGUUUUUGAAGGGUUUACUUUGGUGAGAGGUGCUGAAGAUGAAAGUAUAAAUUAUCCAGGGGAAACCCGGCCUUUUAUUCCAGUAGUGCUGAAGGUGUAAGUGUGUACUCUCAGAGCCUGUAUGCUUGGUGCCUUGGAUUAUACUCUCUAGCUGUGCAUAUCAAGAUAUAUUUUGUAACAAUAAGAAGGGAUUAGGUCGACCCUUAUAUACAUGUACCAAGUAUUCCCCAUGUGGUGUAAAACGCGAUGCAAUUUAAUACAACCUUUUUAUUAAUCUUGUUUACUGUUCUAUCUGUUGCCUAUUCUCUCUCUCAUUUUUUUUUUCCUUUCUUUGAAUUCACACCCCUCUAUGGAAAGGUAGGUGUAAGUAAAGUUUGGUAACAGACGAGUCUUCAACUGCUGUGCAAUUAUGUAUGCCUCUUUGUGUAAGUGUAUGCUCUUUUCUUUUCUUUAAAAGCUCAUAAAAAGCAUUUUAUUUAACCAUUCAAUCUAUUUGCCUUGACUGUGGUUCUCAGAUCUCAGCAAUGUAAUCUUGUUUGGAGCCUGCAUAGAUGGAGUGGUGCUCAGGGACAAGUAUGUCAUGCAUGAUCAGUGCAGUCUCUGGAAAUAUUUGACACUAUGGUGGGUAUAACUUAUUUUAUUUUUUUGUCUUGUCUUCUACAGGUUUGGAGAUGCGGUGAAGGGGACAUUGGUAGUAGGAGCCCUCUCAUGGCCGUCACCAUGGGUCAUUGUGAUUGGAUCAUUCUUCUCUACUUGUGGUGCAGGUCUGCAGAGUCUGACUGGAGCUCCUCGUCUUCUGCAGGCUAUAGCCAAAGAUGGAAUAAUCCCCUUCUUAAGGGUGAGAUAGUCACAGACUACUAUGCCCAUGUAGCCUUUCUUGCCCUGAGCAUUGUGUUUAGAACACACAAAAAAAGCCUAAAAACAAAAGUUGAAACGUCAUGCUGGAGUUGAACCCCAUUUGAAGAUUUUUAUGCUGCAAAUCUCAGGAUGUGUCUCUGUUUAUGAUUUUAUGAAUGAAGUUAUAGACCCAACUGUGCAUGUACUAAUCUCUCCUUUACGAAAAAAUCUUAGGACAUCUAGAGCCUAUCUCCUCAACCUGUGGUAUGUGUACCCAAGGGGAUACGCGCACCCAAAAGCCAGGAACCAGAGCCGGAUUUUUAAUAAUGCCAUGAACAAUAAACUUGGGACCAGUUACUGGUGCUGUCACCGAAUAUAGCCCUAUUCCCUCCCGGUAUUCCCUGUCACUCACUGCAUCCACUAUUCUUCCAACUACAACCCCUAUUCCUAUUCCUCCCACUACAACAUCUUUCCACUGUCCCUUCCUGCAGCUACCAGUGGUGUAUCCUGGUUUUGUGCUGCCCUAGGCAGGACAAAACUCAGGCUCCCCCCCACCCCACCCCUGCGCGCAUCAUAUGACUUCAUAUUCCGGCUUCCGCCAUCACUCUGCGGGCGGCGCGCGAGGGAGCUGAGCAGAGUGCUCAGGGGAAAGUGCUCCCUCGCCAGCGCCGCCCGCCCAGCAGCCCGUCUGGCAUGUCAGUUAGCCGCAAGGCUAACAAGGCAUUUUCCCUGGGCAUUUGGGGGCGGCUUUUUUUGCCGCCCCCUGGAAAAUGACACCCAAGGCAAAUGCCUUGUUUGCCUCGCGGCUAAUACGUCACUGGCAGCUACUACACCCCUGCAGCAGCCACUAUCCUUCCCACUACUAUCCCAUCUCCCCAAAACUAUAUGUUUGUGUGUCCGUUUCUUCUGUGUGUAACUAUUGUGUGUUGAUUUUUAAUUUUAAUUUUGUGACUUUUCUACUUCAGAUCAAUAGUUAAUACAUCUUCUUAUAUACACUAUUCACAUUUAACUUAAAUAUCAGUGUCUACAUGUUUUAUUUGGAAUUUAAAUUACGUUCUUGAGACAAGGGUAAUUAAGAAUUUUGUGUAGACCUGCAGGGGUACUUCUCAUUUAAAGGUUGAGAAACACUGUUGUAGAGGAUUCAGCCAGAAGUAAAAGUGCUUUGAGUAGGGGAAAGCAUAACUUAACCCUGACUAGGUUAAAAGAUUUUGGGUAACUUCUUGCACCUUUACUUGUGCAAAGAUCAUAGGUUGUUACAAUGCCUGGAGUGUUACUUAAAUGAUUACUCCAAUCAUCAUGGCCAGUUAGGCUUUUUGAAGUGGUCAUGGUGCAAGCAGCCUGUGUAGAAAUAUUGGUAAAUUUAGUAACACCUCUGGCCUGGAAUCCUGUUCUGGACUGACUGUGAAUCCUGUGCAUUAGAUACAUCUAUUGUCGCACGUACUGCAUGCUGACAAUGGACAUAAUGAGCUUCUUCUCUUGCAAGCGCGCUGUGAGUAUGUCUGCAAGGUGAAGCCUGUAGCACUGUGCUUGCGACUCACAGGGACAUUCCAAAACACUGGCUCAGUGUAAAAGUUUCCCCUCCCUCUGUGCUUACUUUAAAAGUUUGGAUCUCCUGUUCAGUAUAUUGAGCUUUAUUCACACACAGUAGACUACUGCAGGGUCUAGCAAGUUGUUAACAGAGCAGGAGAUAAGAAAAACUAAAUUAAACAGAAUUUGCAAUAAAGGAAGUGUAAACAUUAGAUGACUUUUUACAGGAAGUGUUUAGGAAGACUGUAAAAGUCACAUGCAGGGAGGUGUGACUAGGGUGCAUAAACAAUGUAAUUUAACUCCUAAAUGGCAGAUAAUUGAGCAUUGAGAAUGCAGGGGCAUUAUUUAUACACUGAAACUGCUUCAUUAAGCUAAAGUUGUUUUGGUGACUAUAGUGUCCCUUUAAAUGUAACCGGUGACGAGACAAGAAAUUGAAGUAGAGGGGGAGCUGUUCUCAGAUUAUGAGACUGAAGUUGUGCAUAGUUAUAUUUUUUGUAUUCAGUUUAGUCUACCAUUCUCAUCUAUAACAAUAUCCAAAUAUAAUCAAUUAUCCACAAACGCUGGAGUAAUAUAUGCACGCAGGAUUUAAAUCCACAGGCAGCUCAUACCUGUUUUUUCUGCUGUGACCCCAAUCCUUUGCUGUAUGGAAUGUGAUGGUCCAUCCACACAGAUGAAUGAACAGAGUAGAUGGAUAAAAGCAACUGGAUUUCAAAGUAUGGUUAUUAAAAUUCAUUAAGCGGCAUGCAGUGUGACAGAUAAAAGCAGGUUACGUUUGUUGUCUUACCUUUGUACUUUAACUCAACUCCAUUCCUUCCUCUAAUUAGCUAAACCUUUUUCUUGUUACAGGUAUUUGGUCAUGGAAAGAGUAACGGGGAACCAACAUGGGCCCUUCUCCUUACAGCUGUGAUUGCCGAGCUGGGGAUUCUCAUUGCUUCUCUAGAUCUGGUUGCCCCGAUUUUGUCAAUGUAUGCAUUUUAUUUUAUUUUUUUAUACUCUAUUUAUGUGACAGGGGUCAAUGUGUUUAUUUUAAUUUCAGUACUGCUUGCAUUCAUUCCAGGGUGGUUCUAGACCAUGUGGUUCUUAAAAUUUUAGGACUACGGAAAAGCAUUAAAUACAGAACCAAACUUUGCAAUUACAGAAAACUUUAACUUAAAUGUUUUGUUUUUCUGUGCCCUGCAUUUUUAGAAGAAACAUAUUUUAACGUCUUUAUCCAGCUUCCUUAUCUGCAUGUCCUCCCUAACUUUUUUUUUUUUUUUUCUCUCAAUCAUCUGUCUCUCCAUCUCCUUGUCUGUCCACAGGUUUUUCUUGAUGUGUUAUCUCUUUGUGAAUUUGGCUUGUGGAUUACAGACUCUACUUCGAUCUCCAAACUGGCGCCCUCGCUUCCAGUAUUACCACUGGUAGGUCCUGCCCAUUGUUGACUUAAGCAUACUUUUUUUGGUCAAAAAGUGAACGAUACUCUUAAUCCAUAGCUGGGAAUACUAUCAUGUAUAUUUCUUCUUUCAGGACCCUGUCUUUCUUGGGAAUGGCACUAUGCUUGGCACUCAUGUUUAUCUCCUCCUGGUAUUAUGCCCUCAUUUCCAUGGUCAUCGCUGGUAUGAUCUACAAGUACAUUGAAUACCAUGGGUAAGCACAUUUUGCUUAUCAUUUUUAGUAACUCCUGCAGGAAACAAUUCACUUAUGUACUGCCUUCCUUAAUUCUGUAACAACCAGUAACAAACCAAACUAUCGUCACAAUUUGGUCAUAAUAAACAACUUAUCAAAAUGUAAUACCCUUUAUUUUCUUUUAAUAUGUAGGGCAGAAAAAGAAUGGGGUGAUGGGAUUCGUGGUCUGUCCCUAAGUGCAGCUCGAUUUGCCCUCUUACGACUGGAAGCAGGACCACCACAUACCAAAAACUGGAGGUGAGUGAAGUUAUGAGCAAAGCCACGAACUAUAUCUCGGUGUGUGAGAAUAUAAAUUAUAAUAAUGAUAAUAUAUCCACUCCCUAGACCGCAGCUGCUUGUUCUGGUAAAACUGGACUCUGAUCUACAUGUGUCUCGUCCUCAUCUUCUCUCCUUUGCAUCUCAACUAAAGGCUGGAAAGGGUCUAACGAUUGUAGGAUCUGUCCUAAUUGGGGAUUACCUAGAGAAUUACGGGGAGGCGGUGGCAGCAGAACAGGUCGGUUAUAGUUAUUCGAUCGCCGUCUUCCAUUUUCAAACUUGAAUUGUACUUGGCCAUUUUACAUUUUUAACCAUGCAUCCAUUCUUGUCUUUUCUUUUAGGCACUGAAACAUAUGAUGGAGCAGGAGCGUGUAAAGGGUUUCUGUCAAGUGGUUGUAGCACAGAAGCUGAAAGAGGGCCUGUCACAUCUCAUCCAGUCCUGUGGUCUUGGAGGAAUGAGACACAACACUGUAAUUAUGGGCUGGCCUAAUGGCUGGAGGCAGAGUGAAGACUCCCGUGCUUGGAAAUCCUUCAUCAGUAAGGGCUUAUUGUUUCCCUGUGCUGCACGAUAGUGUGCAAUAGUAUAAAACCACAUGUAUUGAUUGAUUGACUAAAUCUAAUAUAGUUUGUUAAUGCUACCUUGUCCCCUAGCUACAGUGCGUGUUACUACAGCAGCCCGGCAGGCACUUUUGGUUGCGAAGAAUAUAUCUCUGUUUCCUGGUUCCCGGGAGCCUCUGUCAGAAGGGCACAUAGAUGUGUGGUGGGUGGUACAUGAUGGAGGCAUGCUAAUGCUUCUGCCUUUCUUGCUGAAACAGCACAAAGUGAGUUUUUAGAUAUUAUAUGAUCUUUGUUUAAAUUGACCUCAAUGUUUGCAGCUGCUCACUGGUUCUUGUCUAAGUUAUAUUUUCACCUUCUAAUUUUAGUAAUGCACUUCAUUCUAACCCCGCUCCCGUGGCAUUCUGUCUCCCCCACUGUCUGUCUUCUUGCAUGUAAUUGACAUUAUUUUCCCACUUCGUCUCUAGGUAUGGCGUAAAUGUAAGAUGCGUAUAUUCACUGUUGCUCAGAUGGAAGAUAACAGUAUUCAGAUGAAGAAGGAUCUGGCUACUUUCCUCUAUCACCUGCGUAUUGCAGCUGAGGUGGAAGUGGUGGAAAUGGUGAGAAACGAAGAGGGCCUUGUUAGUGCAUUAUGAUAAAUGAAACAAUGGCACAAGCCUAAUAUACAUCUGUCUUACAUACAGCAUGACAGUGAUAUUUCUGCAUAUACUUAUGAGCGAACGCUAAUGAUGGAGCAGAGAUCACAAAUGCUGCGACAAAUGCGCCUCUCAAAGACUGAUCGGGAACGAGAGGUAAGGAUUUUAAGGAGCAGUUACUAACUUAAAGACCACUCCACAACACAAAAGCACUUCAGAUGUACAUGCAUAUACAAGCGAGCACUCCACUAACAAGGAAAAAGGGGAAGGCUUGCAAAAUUCACAAGAACUGCAGCUUUUUCAAACUAUUAAGAUAUACUCCCAAUGAAUACAUGCAUUAAAAAAACUAAUUGGUGGUAUAUUUAAUAAACUGUGUUUUAUAUAUUUUUUUCACCCAUUUGGGCAGUUGAUUGUCCCUUCAAAGUAAACUGCUUUUCAUACUGUGGAUGAAAUGACUGACUGAUAAAUUUGUAAAUUAUAUUAAAGUGCCAAGUAUUUGACAACAUUGAGCAAACAAAAAUCAUGUCUAUAAUGUCUAGUAUUCAUGUUUACAGAACGGGAAUAUUAUGCCUAUAUCCCAUUUAUUCUUAAAUCUCUUAAUUGCAUUCGUCCCUACCACUUCAGCCAGAAGUCUGACACUCGCAAUUGUUUCUGAAUUCUGUUUUUCGAAUAUUAAUCCUAACCUUUAUUUUACCUCUAACUUAAUGGCACAAACACCUUUUUUUUUGUGCCAUCUACUAUUGACAGAAAAUGCCAAACUUGUACUACGUAAUCUCUUGAUAUAUUUGGCAACAUUAUCUAGUUGUUUGUAAAGCUGUUUUGCAUGGAAUGGCUGGCCGUAAAGAGAGAUGAUAUACAACAGAUGGCUGGAGCAUGAGGCUGGUCACUUAAUAGUUACUGCAGAGUGUGAGCAUGUAAUUGCAAAGCCGUUUACAUAUGGUAUACUUAUACUGGUGAGUUGGAGUACCAACCAAGUAGUACAAGUUUCCUUAACUUUAAGAAGGUACUGACAAGAGUAAUGUACUACAUGACAUAGGCAUUGCUGUAUAUCUCCAUAUAUUGACUGUCCAUUUAGGCUCAGCUUGUGAAAGACCGUAAUUCUAUGCUGCGUCUGACAAGCGUUGGCUCUGAUGAAGAUGAUGACACAGAUGCUGGCCCAAACAAAGUGCACAUGACAUGGACCAAAGACAAACAUCAUGCUGUUCGUGUUGCCCAAAGCAAACCAAUGCCCAGCUUCCAGGACCUGCUUAGUAUGCGACCGUGAGUGAGGCUUUAUAUUCUGGUCAGGAGUGGCUUUUAGUAAUAUGCAAUUUUAAUGUAUAAUAUUUCAAUUAUUUUUAGGGAUCAGUCUAAUGUGCGACGCAUGCACACAGCAGUGAAACUGAAUGAAGUCAUUGUUAAUAAAUCUCAUGACGCCAAACUAGUUCUGCUCAAUAUGCCGGGCCCCCCACGUAAUCCACAGGGUGAUGAAAACUGUAUCCUUUUUAAAGAAGAAAAAUAAGUGAAAUAUUAGAGGGGUGGUUUAUUAUUAGGUAGUAACCCCUGAGUUUAGUCUUGUUUUGAGAUUUUAAUAUAAUUAAUAUGUUUAUCUAUGGAGAUAUAUAUAUAUAUAUAUAUCUCUCUAUUUUUUAUUUUUUAUUUUUGCUAUACUGAUAUGUUUUAGGUGAUGGGUACAUUUUUGGUUGCUGCAAUAUUCUGUCAUAUUAAUGUGAAUAUGGUGCUUUUCUCUAUUACCCUUCCUUGUUUCUACAUAUCUUUAACUCACCCUUUGUACAGAUAUGGAGUUUCUAGAAGUACUGACUGAAGGUCUGGAGCGUGUGCUAUUAGUAAGAGGAGGUGGAACGGAGGUGAUCACAAUCUACUCCUAACAGUGGACUUCGGAUGUAACACAUUUCCACAGCACAUUAGGCCAGUUCAGUUUCUGAAAGCAGACCUCUCUGUAUUUUAAGGAAGUGACAGCUGGCUUUAGGGUGGAGAUAAAGAGACUGUAUCUUUAUAAUCCUCCUUCAUCUGCUUCAGAACAAACCGCAAGGAAAAGUACUCUUCAGGAAAAUUAUUUUAUUUUUUUCCUUUUUUUCACUUUUAUGAAUGCCAAAGGCAAAUUUAUUUUCUCCCAAAGAGCAGAUAGAAAAUGACCAGUCUCCCCCCUCCCCUGGUAUCCCUUGCAGUUCUGGAGAAGAGGCUCAAGCCAGAACUGUGACAUGGCACACACCUCUCUACAGAAGUGUUGCAUUAAAUGCUUAGUGUAAACUGUGCUGUUGGAUAUUUACAAAAUCUCAAAGUUUGGUAUGCUUGUCAUAACUAUUUAUGUAGGAUUUACUCCCAAUUUUUAAAGGUACACUCUGAGCACCAAUAUAACUUGGAAUGCAUUUGAUAAAUCUUUUAAUUUUAUAUUUUUGGCCUGUUCAAAUCUUUGCAGAAUGCUGCAGCAUAAGCCUGCCUACAUAGCCACACCCCUUAACUCCAGAAAUAAAACUUCCUUAUCACAUAUAUGAACUACAAAACUCCCUGCAUUAGAAGAAGAGACGGUCUGCAGUCAGGUUGUGAAUUAAAAGCAUCUCACUCAAGACUGUUAGAGGCUGAAACUGUAUGCAGACAUUUGUCUUUCUGGCAUGAGGGGAUGUGGCUAUGAUGCAGCAUUCUCCAAAACAUUUAUUUUUAUUUUUUUGUGUGCAAAAACUAUGGAUUUGAGUACACAACAAAAUCAAGCAUAUUAAGGUCUACCAAAUUCCUUAAAUUGUGUUGGUCUCUGCGGUGUCUCUUUAAUUGUUAUGGAGUGCUUUAGUACAGAGUCUACUAGUACCAGUCCUCAAGACCAAGAGUUUUUUUGCUAUGUCUUUUCCAUAGAUGACGUGUUGAGGAAUGGUGCUGGUAGCUGCUGCUUUAGCUCUUCUUAACCUGUUACAGAGGCGGGCAGUGCUGAUCCAUGGGUGCAAUUAAUAUGCCAUAUAUUGUGAUGAUUCCAUGCACUGCAUCAAAUCAAACAUGAGAAAACAUUUACAUUAUCAGUUCUGUCCUGUGUACAGGUCUAUAUAAAUAAAAUUUUCCCUAUGUAGAUUGCUACCAGAUAACCAUUGUGGAUAUUACCACAGUGUAAAUAUAAUCCAGUACUUGCUAGUUCACAGGUUAAUAUAAAUACUUGUGCCAUGCACUCAGUUGGCAAACAUUGACUGGACAUCAUCUUGUGUAUGUAGUGCUAGAUUGAAUCAACAAAGCCAAACAUUGCGCACUGCGGUUUGACUUGAAAAAUAAUAAAAAUGUUAUCCUGUUCCAAAAAACUCAAGAGAGAUCACUGAGUAAUGUAAUUAUGUUGCACGGCCCACAGUUGGGAUGGCAACACAGAUUGAAACAGUAAUGUAGUUACCAUUUGUUUUAGAUCGUACUUUAGUUUUGUGUUUUUUUUUUUAAUGUUAUUUAAAGACUAGAGUUUGUUAAAUGUGUAUUAUUAUAAGGUUAUGCAUUUAAUAUUAACAGAACAUUUCAUUAUGCAUAUGACCCAUUCCUAAUUUUUAAUUUCUUUAAAAAAAAAAAAAAAAGCGCAAAUCUGUGAUUAAUGUAUUGAUUUUAACUACUUAGUAGACAUAUGCCAAAGAAAGCACACAUACAUUUAUUUCUUCAUGUUUUCUUUAGAGUAUAUCUAAAAAUAGCUUGCAAAAGCUUCAGAUUUCUUGUCUGCAGCCUUUGCAAGUUCCUUUUUCCCCAAGCACAAAGUCUGCUCCCAAUUAUAAACAUGUCACAUAUGUGACAGGUUCCAGACACAUGAAGCACUUCAAGCUGAACUGCCUUAUGUGUGUGGCUUGUUCCUUAAUGGCGAUAUUUUAAGAUUUACAUUUUUUUUUUUUUUUUUAAAGAAGGUAGGCUGCAUAUAGUUUUAUUCAUGAAAAACAUGACAAGCUAUUCGAGAAGUUAAUAGAUGCUGGACAUCUUUAUAUUUUUUGUGGUGCAGAAUAACUUUAUCCAUGUUUUAUGAAGAAAACCAUUUGUGGUUUGGCUUAAAGCCUACAAGUACAAAACUUGCCUGAGAGAGGGACACAGUCUAUAUAGGAUUAGAAGUCUCAGCAGCUGUUUCUAACAAAUUGGUUCUAAAGUACUCAGAAAAUGUAGGGAGACAAAUUUGUAUGCCAUUUCACCAUAACCGUUGCAUCAGUUGGUGAUUGAACGGUCACUUUAAAAAUACAAAUUCCAUUAUUUAUUUUUCAAGAAUGCUAUGCAAUUAUUGUAUUUACCUUUUUACUUGUAUCAACCUUGUUUAUUAAACUGCAAAUCUAUCCUGAGUGAGAAUUGUCACCAUAUUUUGUUUUGAAUGGUUCAUGGAUAUUUUCAUUCAUGGUAGGGUUUACUUAAGUCAGUAUUGACUCUCAUGCACUAACUCAUCUUCAAACUGGCCUUGCUUGCACCCCCUGCGGAUCAGAUUUGCCUGCCUCCGUUUUAGAAGUGUAAUAGGAAGUGAAAUUUUUUAAGCAAGAAGUAUUUUCUUCUCUCCCUUAAAGUCUGUGUGCUAAAGUUUAAUAUUUGCCAUUCCCAAUAUCAAGGACACAAAUGCCAAUGGUCAGUUAAGAGACCACUUAAAAAAAAAAAAAAGUUUCUGUAGUUCAUUAAGUGUUGGUUGUUAAAACCCCAAAAACUAAUUUUAUUUUUGUUUUAAAAUAAGACAAGCUAUGUACGUACACAGGUUUUAAUUUAUUGGUCAAUGCAGCAUUCCAAGUGUUAAAUUUAUUUUAUAAAUCUAGUCCUGCAAGUGCGGUAUGCACUGCCUGUAAACUUGUUUCUGUACUUGGUGGAAGUCGCACUGAAAUAGAAGCGAAGGCUGCAGAAUUGAUCGCAAAUGUUCAAUUGUUCUGUGGUUUCACAAGCCUAAUUUGUCUCUGUGGUUUUAUUGUGUGUGUGUGUGUGUGUGUGUGUGUGUGUGUGUGUGUGUGUGUGUGUGUGUGUGGGGAGGGAAGGGCAAGAUGCUCUAAACUGUGACAUACAUCCAAAUAAAAGUGUUUUCUAAGUAUGUGCUUGUAAGGUCAUUUUUUCCUGGAUCAUUAAAAAAAAAAAUCAUAAUUUGCACUAAGCUAGAAGUUAUAAUAAUUUAUUAAAAGGACAUAGUAGCAUAACAAGGGCAAUGUAGAUUCAAGCUUCUGUUGCAUCCUUAGUCAAUCAUAAUAAGAGACCGCCGCCAGUGUAUUCCAUUCUCUGAAAAAAAAAAAAAAAAAAAAAAAUUUAAAAUUUAGACUGUUUGUUUGGAACAAGAUAAAUCUGCACAAGAAGCUUUUAUUAAGUCUCACCUCUGGUGGCUCAAUGAAGGCCAGCCAAUCAGAUGCAUGAGUAGGCAGAAGGCCCAUUGAUUGACACUUAUAGACUGCCAAUGCCAAGCCUAGGAGGUUCCCAAUCAAGUACACCAGACCCUGUAGGAAGCGCUGACCAGAACUUUCCAGAAGCUUGAAAG